GACGUCGCGUUCUCUGUGAGCCUAUCACGAGGCAGCUUCCUUGUAGCACCGGCCAAUCACCUUUCAGAGUAGAGGGUUUAACUCUUAUUUAAAAAGAGGAACCUUUGAAUCGCAACGGCUGAGCUUCUGCAAAGACUCAGUGGCCUUGGCUUGAAGGCAGGAGAGCCGGCGGGUUGGCAUCAUGGACAGAUCUAAAGAAAACUGCAUUUCAGGGCCUGUAAAGGCCACCGUUCCACUGGGUGACGGCCCGAAACGUGUCGUGGUGACUCAGCAGCUUCCUUCUCAGAAUCUGCCAUCGGGAAGCAGUGGCCAGGCUCAGCGGGUCCUGUGUCCUUCAAACUCCUCCCAGCGGGCUCCUUCAAAGGCACAAAAGCUCGUCUGUAGUCAGAAACCGCUACAGAAGCAACUGCAGGCUGCCAGUGGGUCUUGGCCCGUCUCUCAGCCAGUGAGUAACACCCAGAAGUGCGAGCAGCCCCGGCCGCCGGCACCUGGAGAUAAUCCUGAGAAGGAAGUGGAAUCAAAACCGAAAAAUGAAGAGUCAAAAAAGAGACAGUGGACUCUGGAAGAUUUUGACAUUGGUCGCCCGCUGGGUAAAGGAAAGUUUGGCAAUGUUUAUUUGGCAAGAGAAAAACAAAGCAAGUUUAUCCUGGCACUGAAAGUGUUGUUUAAAGCUCAGCUGGAGAAAGCAGGAGUGGAGCAUCAGCUCAGAAGAGAAGUAGAAAUACAGUCCCACCUUCGGCAUCCCAAUAUUCUCAGGCUGUAUGGUUAUUUCCAUGAUGCCACAAGAGUUUAUCUAAUUCUGGAAUAUGCACCACUUGGGACAGUCUAUAGAGAGCUUCAGAAACUUUCCAAGUUUGAUGAGCAGAGAACUGGACUUUAUCUCAAGGCUGCUAAAGCAUAAUCCAGGCCAGAGGCCGACUCUUAGUGAAGUACUGGAACACCCCUGGAUUACAGCAAAUUCGACCAAGCCAUCCAGUGGCCAGAAAAGCAAAGAGUCAACUAGCACAUCAUCUUAAUCGUGCAAGGGCAGAAACCCUUGAGCCAGGGCUGCUGUGUGAUCUUCGGGAACGUGCUCCCAGACCUAUGUUACUGUUGACCGCCUGCCUUCGAUUCCCAGCGCCACAGGAAGUAUCACUUCUCUCCCUGAUUCUGCAGUGCCUUGGCCUCCCUGUUCUCAAAGCUCCCCUGAAGGAAACGUGACACUCUGUGAAAGCGCCUCGAGAAUCCUGCUGCUUUUACCAGGUUCCUAAUCCAGGGGCAGGGCUCAGCUGCAGCCGUAGCAACAGUCUGUGCCGGGCAGGGUGUCCUGUGUGAGAACUCGGAGUCUGGUUCUCAGGAAAGUAACCGCUUUCCUCUGACUCAGUGAGCUAAUGUGCUACACAGUAACCUGCGAGGACCCGAGUGUGUGUGUAACUUAUUGGGUGGUCAAACCUGGGAAAGGUGUUGAAAUGAAUAUGUGAUUCUUUUAAAUAUUAAAGAUCUCUGUAUAGUAUUUUUCUUUCCAUGCAUCCCCUCAUCAUCCCUGUUAGGGCUGUCUGGGUUUCCGACCCUCCUUAACCACUAUGAAAGACGAACACAUGCUCUACCUCUGUCUCAGGAAUUGCUUGGGAUACACAAGCAGCUCCUGAGACCUUAUGUCUCAGAACUUUUUCUAAAUGUUAAGGGCUCUUUUGAUUGCAUUGGAGUUACGGCAUGUGUGCAAACUUGUUAAAUGCAUAAAUAAAUACACCACUCUAC